UUUUUGUUUCUGCUUCUAUAAAAUUAUUUGGCUAUUUAAUAAAAAUAAUAAGAAAAUGCUUAUGCAAUGAGCGAUGGUCGUUCUGUUAGUGGCCAACUAAAGAAGUUCGUUUUCCGCGGGAAGUCAUCGAGCAACGGCGAUACCCGAGGUGAAUAUCUGGAGAUCGUGAUACCAGAGCUGUUAUCGGCAGGUUACUCGUUCUACACGUGGCCCUCGGCGCCGCUGCUGGCCUGGUAUUUGUGGACGCAGAGGAGACAUUUACGCGGUCUUAGAGUUCUAGAGCUGGGUUGCGGGACCGGCUUGCCUGGUAUUUUGGCGGCGAAGUGCGGCGCUCACGUGACGCUGACCGACAGCGUCGCUUUGCCGCGAUCAUUGCGACACUUAUCUGCUUGCUGCGAGGCUAACGGCUUAGUUCCCAACCGAGACGUUCAAGUGCUAGGGCUCGCUUGGGGACUAUUCUUAACAGACGUCCACAAUUUACGCCCCGUAGAUUUAUUACUAGCCUCCGAUUGCUUUUACGAACCCACGCAAUUUGAAGAAGUGUUAUCAACUGUUGCGUAUUUCUUGGACGGUACUGACGCACGAUUUUUGUGUGCUUACCAGGAGCGGAGCGCCGACUGGUCGAUUGAAGCUCUGCUGAAGAAGUGGGGACUGAGAGGGGCUCUUCUCGACUUGGAUUCACUGAGCGAGAGCACGGGCGUGGACUACAGAGCCUUGAUUGCACUGCUGAAUUCUGAUUCUGAUUUCUCUGAUGACGAUCAGCUAAGUCCUUUAGACAAAUCUUUCAACAAAGCAUCUGGUCAUGUGAGGAAAAUAACAUCAAAACUUGAUAAUAAUCAACUUUUAGAACUGUACGGUCUGUAUAAGCAAAGCACUGAGGGAAUAUGUAACACUCCAAAGCCGGGAUGGUUAGAUGGAAAGGGGAGGAGAAAAUGGGAAGCUUGGCGAACCCUUGGCGACAUGUCCUUUGAAGAAGCUAAGCAGAAAUAUGUAGAUUUGGUACAAAAGCUAGACCAAGAUUUUAGCAUUGCAUCCCAAGGAGGCCCCAAAGAGUCGUGGGCUGCUGUAUCGUCACUAAGAUACUCUCCAGAACCAGCCCUAGUUCAUAAUGAGCUGACAAUAUUUGAUGCAGCACGGGAAAACAUGGGAGAAGUUGUUGCACAAAUGUUGUCUGAAAAUCCGGAACUAAAAAAUAUGAAAGAUGACAAUGGGCUAACAGCUAUACAUUGGGCAUCCGACAGGGAUGCAACUUAUGCCUUGACCGAGUUGAUAAAAGCUGGUUGUAAUGUCAAUGCUCUUGAUGACGUUGACCAAACAGCCCUUCACUAUGCAGUGGCAUGCGACCAUAUUAAAUCAAUUCAAAUAUUAGUAGAUGCUGGAGCGGAUCUCUUAAAAGACAAUGAGGAUUGCACUCCUUUGGACUUGGCAGAUAAUGAUGAGGUUCGGGCAAUUCUGAACAGUGCUUUUAAAUAGGACACCUAGUUAUAUGCCAUUUUAAUAAUCACUUUGUAUGUUUUAGUUAUAGAAUUGUAGUUAAUGGGAAUAAAGAGUUUUAAUUAU